AUGGCGUCACUAGGUCACCUGCGCCGCGCGCUUAUCUUUUCCGCCGCGUUCACUCUUCUCCUUCCCCCCACCGCCGCAACCACUCAGUCGUACGCCAUUGCCCGCGACAAGAACCUACGCGGAGGAGCCGUUGAACAUAGCAGCACACCAGACUCCCCAGACGGCUUCGGCCUUGCUUCAUCCGAUUCAGAUGAAAGCUACAGCGCAGGGUCGCCUGGCGCAGAAAACGCGGAGGUGAAGGUGGCGAAGAGAGUUUCUGCAGCGGACGCGGAGGCGGCGGAGGCUCUAGCGGCGUAUGAAGAGGCGAAGCGCGCCCUCGCGUCGCAGAAGAUCGAGCAGGAGGAGAUGCGCAUCCGGGCGCUCGAGGCGCGGCAGACACAGCGUGACGCGGCACGCGAGCAGGCGGAGCUAGACGCGGCGGUCGCGGCAGCGGAAGCGGAGCUCCAAACCGCAGAAAACGCGCUCGAAGAAGCGCAUCAGGAGCGCGGCGCCGUCAACGCGUCUGUGGGGGCCGCUAGCGCAGUUGACCGAGCGACACAGCGGAAGGAGAAAGCGGCGCGUAAUCUAUCCGCCGCGAGCGCCGAGGCGCGCGGGAACCGGCCGUACCUGCAGGAGAUGGAGGCGAACGUGCGGGAUUUCGAGGGCGCGUUCGUGAUGGCGGCGCGGGAGGCCGGAAUGGCGGCAGUGCGGGUGAAGGCGCUCCGGGCGGAGAUGGUUGAGAAGAUGGAGAGGGCGGCGGAUGCGCAAUCAGCGUGGCAAGCGGUGGUACAAGAAGAAGAGCGCCACAAUGCCGAUAUGGUAGCUUUGAUUGAGACUCGCAAGGAAUGGGCUGUCUACUCCUGCAAAUAA